AUGAGUAAGAGUGUUGUGCGGUUCCACGAUGUACAUGAGGUGCCGUACGGUGCUUUCAGCCCACUGUCACCGCAUCCAGUAGUUAUUCGUCAUAAACAAUACCCAUCUGUGCAUCACUACUUCCUUACUGAGCGAUUUCGUGACACACCAGCGGCAGCGGCGUUGCGGUCGGCAACGUCUGUUUGGGAGUUGGACCGUCUCGUGAAGGAAGCAGAGCGAACCAGCAGCCAACGUGACGACUGGAACCGGGUGAAGGUUGAUGUCAUGCUGCUUGGUAACUACAUGAAAUUUAAGCAAAAUGAUACUGUACGAAACCUCCUCUUGGAGACAGGCGACAAACUUAUUGUUGACCACACAACAUCCGAUGACUUUUGGGGCGACCGUGGUGACGGAACGGGGAAAAAUCUUCUUGGGGUUAUUCUCAUGGCAGUGAGGGACAGAUUGCGUCGUGAGACAGCCUCUAAAACGCGUAACAAAUGA